AUGGCGCCGGCCACAUCGCCGACUCUCACGUCGACGUCCCACACCCUCAGCGGCCAGGCCGUCAUGGCGCCCGCGUCGCUCGCAGACGCCGAUGCGGCCUCGGCCGGCGACGCGGCUGCCUUCCUGGCCAGCCUGCUGCCGGAGAACCGGCACGAGUACCUGGAACCGAGCCUGGCCAUGUCCAGCGAAGCGCUGAGCAUUGCGAAGGAUACGCUGGAGGCCUUUGCCGCGCAGGUCGGCGAGACGCAGCAGCAACGGCUGAAGGAGAGCAGGAAGAGAAAGCGGAGCGGGGGGAAGGGCGUGGUGGCGGAGGGCGACGUGCUGAGACUGCGCAAGCUGUAUGUUGACGGGUUUGAGACCGGGCAGGUGUGGCAGCAGGCCAAGAGGAUAAUCGGUGGUGUGUUGGGGUUGGCGGAGGGGUUGGUGGAUGAGUUGGAGGAGCGCGGCGAGGUGCUUGCGGAGGGGGCUGGGGAGGGGCCUGGGGUUGUGACGUUUGGGGAAGAUGGGUUUGAGGUGGGCGAGGACGAGGACGAGGAUGAAGAUGAGGAUGAUGAGAUCGAGGAUGAGGGUGAGGAUGAUGAGAUCGAGGAUGAAGAAGAGGACGAGGACGAGCAUGUUGGCAACGCCUCGGCAGAUGUGAGUAGGGGCGAGGACAAAGGUGAAGAAGAAGAAGAAGAAGAAGAAGAAGAAGAAGAAGAAGCGCAUCUCGAAAACGAUCUCCAAGGGGAGGAACUUGAAGAGGAUCCCCAACCUGCGACAGACGACGACGACCAAGGUCAGGACGAAGCCGGCGAACUCGUGCAAGACCCCGACGGCCUCAACGACGGCUUCUUCUCCAUUGACGAGUUCAACAAGCAGACCCAAUGGUUCGAGGACCAGGACGCCAGGGGCGAUCCAGCCACCGACCAAGCCAGCGACGACGAGGACAUAGACUGGGGCGCCGACCCCCUUGCCGCCCCCAAGAACGACGCGAAACCGUCAAACAAGCAAAAAGCGCGCGGCGCCACUCCCGCAGACGACGAGGACGAGGACGAGGACGAGGAAGACGGCCCUACUUUUGGAGACAUGGCUCUCGACGCUCCCGAAGGUGCCAGCGACGGCGAGGACAUGGACCUCGACGGCGGUGUCGACGGGGACCAGGAGAGCGGCUCCAACGCCAACGAGAUAUACUACAAGGAUUUCUUCGCGCCUCCUCCCAGAAAGAGCAAGCCCGGCAAGCCGGCCAAGAAAAGCGCUGUCCGGUUCCUGGAGCCCGAGAUGCCGAGCAAGGCGGAGACGGAGCGGGCCAUGGCAGACGUCAAGCGCGACCUCUUCGACGACGAGUCGGACAAGGACGGCUCCGAGGACGAUGCCCUGUCGGACGCGUCGGCCGGCGACCCAAAAUCCAGGCGGUCCGCGCACGAGCGGCGGCAGGCACGGCUCGCCGAGGAGAUCCGCAAGCUCGAGGCCGCGUCGGUGGCCAAGCGCGAGUGGACGCUCUCCGGCGAGGCUGCCGCCGCCGACCGCCCCGCCAACUCGCUCCUCGAGCAGGACCUGGACUUUGAGCACGUCGGCAAGCCGGUGCCCGUCAUCACGCCCGAGGUCACGGAGGGCAUCGAGGACCUCGUCAAGAGGCGCAUCCUGGCCCAGCAGUUUGACGAGGUGCUCCGCCGACGGCCCGACGCGGACGCCCUCGGCCCCAGCGCGCGCCGCGGCCUCGCCCCAGUCGACGACGCCAAGGCCACCAAGGGCCUGGCCGAGCUCUACGAGGAAGAGCACGUCAAGAGGGCCGACCCGGACGCCGCCCACGCCGGCCAGCCGGACGAGAACCUCCGCAAGGAGGAGGCGCAGGUCGAGGCCAUGUGGAAGGACGUGUGCGGGCGCCUCGACGCCCUUUCCAGCUGGCACUUCAAGCCCAAGCCCGCCGCGCCGGCCAUCAGCAUCGUCUCCGACGUCGCGGCCGUCAGCAUGGAGGACGCGCAGCCAACCACCGCCCAGGGCGUCGGCGGCGGCGGCGGCGGCGGCGGCGGAUCCUCCCGCAUGGCCCCGCAGGAGAUUUACCAGGCGGGCGCGGAGGGAGACCCGGUGGCCCAGGGAGAAGUCGUCACCAGGGCCGGCCUGCCCGUCGCCCGGGACGAGAUGUCCCGCGAGGACAAGACGCGUCGCCGCAGACGCCACAAGGAGCGCCUCCGCAAGGCCGGCGGCGCCGAUGCCCACAACGGCGCCAAGCUGGGGACCAGGGCCAAGAUGCAGCGGGACACCAUGGCCGAGCUCAAAAAGGGCGGCGUCAAGGUCAUCAACAGGAAGGGAGAAAUCACCGACAUGGAGGGGAAAAAGGCAAAGGCUGCAAAGGGGGCGACUGGCGGCAGCUUCAAGCUCUAG